AUGGAACGAGCCAAAGCAGUUCAGUCGUCCUUGUCGCCGCAAUUCCCAAGCUUUGUUAAGCGCAUGCUCCCAUCGCGCGUGACUCGUGUAUUUUGGAUGGGCUUUCCGAAGCAAUUCUGCGACCCGCACUUGCUGAAGGAAGAUGCAACGAUCGAGUUGGAAGAUGAGAGCGGGGAUGUGUACAUUGUGAGAUCAAAUAAUUUCAGCGAGUUGGAUGGGGCUCUCGGCCUGAUAAAUUUGGGUCCUUGCUCAAGACGAGUCAAUCCUGGUAUUCCUGAAUCCAAAGUGGUUAUGUGGAAGGACACUGAGAACAGCGAAGAAGAAGACGACGACCCUUAUCAGUUGCAUCUCGCAAAGGAGCUUUCUCCAGACAACAUUCGUGAGGACGGUUUAAAGAUCCGUAGCACUGAUUACAGAUCAGUCACGGAUCAUCCCAAGACCAACUCCGAUGACCGCGUUUCUAAUGGUCUUCAUGGAAUUCAGUUCUCUGAAUUUGUCAUCGAUUUCGGAGGCGUGACGAGCAUUGAAGAUUUCUCUAUAAUCACCAAAGGUUUGGUCAUUGACUCCGAACUCUCCAAGCACCUCAAAGGCAAGUACUACGAGCUGUGUAGGAGUCGAAAGACAUUUCUCCACGCUAGCCUCCUCGAAGGCCUGCACCGUAAGCUGGCAGCAGGAAUUAUCUCCGAGACGGUGAACAUCGCGGAUGCUAUCAGGGGUGCGAGGAUCACGACUUCUACAGAGGACUUCGGCGUGUGGGCCACGACUCUGAAGGCGUUCGAGGACCUGGGCAUGGACGUGGGCUUCUUGCGAGCCUGGCUCGGCCGGCUUAUCAGUCUCUCUUUGGCAUUGAAGAGGUGCAAGGAACCGAAGAGUGCACGAGCUCGUGCUGCAGAGGACAGGAGUAGGUUCGAAGCUGAGCUGACGGAAGUGAAGGGUGCGAUCAGCAGGCUCCGUGCUGAAACCGACACCACGGGCAACGACAGUUAUGGACUCGACAUGGCAUUUCAACAAGUCACGAGCGCCCCCUGGUAG